AUGGGCAACGACGAUAAAAUCCAAUACGAAGCUCUCCCUAUCCCCACCUACGAUGAGGCUACUGCCUCUCGCCCGGGCUCAUCGCGAUCCGAACAUGAUCCCGACGAACCUAGCAGCCAUGCCGAAAGACAGGGCUUACUCCAUGAUGCCGACGCUAACACGACACACGAGGGACACCGACCCCGGUUUCAUGGCUACCAUCCCCCCACCGUCGAGUCCGCUCGGAAUAGCGUCGACGACCUCGAAUCGUCGGCCCCAGGGUCGGAAAGAGGCUCUCUCGAGGAACUGCAGCGGGAGCUCGCUCAGAUGGACGUGGAGGACCCGAAUCAACGGCCAAGUCGGCAUUCGAGAUUGCGCGCUCAAGUUUCCAAACGGUUCAACAGCCUAACUCGCACCUUGUCCUCGAUACACCUCCCGCUACGUCGAUACCUUCCAAACUUCCGUUUCACCGUCAACCUCGACACCGCUCGUUCGACAAUGCAAAACCACGGAUGUAUGAUCAUGCUGCGUGUAUUUGGUCUGCUACUGGUGGUUACCGUUGUUUAUGUUUUCUUUGUUUCGGAUAUCUUCAACAUGAACACCCGAUUCAUCAUGGGACAAUCCUACAGUGCAGCAUCUGUGGAGAACUUUAUCCAGGGCCACAUCAACGAAACGAACAUCGCGGAGAAUUUGAGAAGGGUCACGCAGUUUCCUCACAUGGCUGGCACCGAAGGAAGCUACGUGUUGGCCGAAUGGAUUGAACAAGAGUUCCGGAACGCCGGACUGGAUGAGAUCGAAAUGGAAGAGUUUCAGGUGUAUCUCAACUAUCCCACUUCGGAUGGAAGAAGGGUGGCUAUCGUCGACCCCCCAGACCUGGCCUGGGAAGCGAAGCUCGAGGAAGAUAUUAAGGAUGACAACCAGAAAACACCGGUCUUCCAUGGUCACUCAAAAUCGGGAAAUGUUACGGGACCGCUUGUGUAUGCGAACUAUGGCUCCAAAGAAGAUUUUCAAUACCUGGCCGACCAGGGGGUCUCCGUGAAUGGCUCUAUAGCAUUGGUUCGAUAUUACGGGUCUGAAACUGAUCGGGCCCUGAAAGUUAAAGCUGCCGAACUCGCCGGUGCUGUCGGCUGUAUAAUCUACUCCGAUCCGUCUGAGGAUGGCUUCGUGCGCGGGGACCCCUUCCCAAAGGGACGAUAUAUGCCGGCAGACGGCGUCCAAAGAGGCGGUGUAAGUUUGAUGUCAUGGGUUGUCGGAGACGUCUUGUCUCCAGGGUUUGCAUCCACGCCAGACGAGAGCAAGCGACUCAAGCCGGAGGAAAGUCAGGGGUUAACAGGAAUACCGAGCUUGCCGCUGGCCUGGCGCGAUGCUCAGAAACUCCUACAAGCCCUCAAAGGCCAUGGCUCCAAGGUUCCUAGGAAGUGGGUCGGUGGUGUGCCGAAGAUCGAUCAGUGGUGGACCGGAAAUGAGGACUCACCCACCGUCAAUCUCGUCAAUCUGCAGGAUGAGGUAGAAAGACAGCCCAUUUAUAACGUGUUUGGAAGGAUCGUUGGCCUUGAACAACCGGAAAAGAAAAUCAUUGUUGGCAACCAUCGGGAUUCAUGGUGUGUCGGCAGCGCCGACCCAGGAAGCGGUACUGCCGUCUUCCUCGAGCUUGUUCGCGUGUUCGGCGAGCUACUCGAACUGGGGUGGCGCCCCUUACGUACCAUCGAGUUCGUCAGCUGGGAUGCAGAAGAGUACAACAUCAUCGGCUCCACGGAGCACGUCGAGAAGGAAUUGGAAACCUUGCGCGAUAAUGCAUAUGCCUACAUCAACGUUGAUGUCGGUGUCGGAGGCCAGGACUUCGAGGCAGCAGGUUGUCCCGUUUUCGAGCGUGUCGUCAUGCAGAUCCUGGCCCGCAUCUCGGAUCCGGUCACCAACGAGACGCUAAAAGACAUCUGGGAGAAGAAACAGAAACAGCUGGCUCCUCUGGGUUCCGGCAGUGACUACGUUGCUUUCCAGGACAUAGCUGGAACGUCCAUUGUUACGAAAACUGGGACUGGAUGA